AUGCCUAUCUUCAAGUCGUUACAGCCACCGAUUGAGAUGCCAUGGCAUCUCCCCGUAUGGACGUGGCUGUUCGACUCUGAAUAUAGUCCGAUGCGACAUCACAAGCCGGAAGACAUCCAGGGUUUCACGAAUGCGGUGACAAAGGAGCACCUCAGCUAUGUCGACCUGAAACAGCACACGACCCACCUCUCCACCGCGCUGGUGAAAAACUACGGCCUCCUACAGGGCCAGACCGUCGCCCUCUUCUCCCCCAACACAGUAUGGUACCCGUGUGCCAUGUUCGGCGUGCUGCGCGCCGGAGGUGUCAUCAGCGGCGCCUCGCCAGCGUACAACGUUGAGGAAAUGACCUACGCGCUGAAGACCGCGGAGGCCAAGUUCCUAUUCACGGUCCCGAGUUCCAUGGAGGUGGCGGCCGCGGCGGCGAAAAAAGCGGGCAUCCCGCAGAGCAGGGUGUUCCUGCUCGAGGGACAGAUGGAAGGGUUCACAACCAUGAAGGAAUUGCUGGAGAUGGGCCGCUCACAUGGAGAAGGCUCGCAAAUCGAACAAUUCCGCCUCCCUCCCGGCAAGAAGAACAAGGACGUCUGCGGGUUCCUGUCCUUCAGCUCGGGGACGACUGGCUUGCCCAAGGCCGUCAUGAUCGCGCAUUCCAACGUCAUCGCCCAGUGUCUCCAGAUCCAACAGAUUUCGCCGGCCACCUUGCGACGCAUUCUCGCCGUGUUGCCCUUGUUCCACAUCACGGGUCUGGUGCACCAAAUGCACCUGCCGAUCCUCCUCAACGCCAACGUCUACAUGUUGCCCGCAUUCACCAUGGACGGCAUGCUGCAGACCGUCCAGGAUUACAAACUCGAGGAAAUGCUCCUCGUGCCUCCGAUCCUGAUCCGCAUGGUCCGCGACGAAAAGACGCUCGCAAAGUACGACCUCAGCUCUCUGCGCCGCUUCAGCUCGGGCGCCGCUCCCUUGAGCGCCGAGAUCCUCGAACUCCUGAAAAAGCGCUUCCCCGGCACGGGCUUCAAGCAGGGCUACGGCAUGACAGAGUCUUGUUCGUGUAUCACUGCCCAUCCGCCCGAGAAGUACGACUAUAAAUACGCCUUCCGGGUGGGCACCAUCGUCGCGUCCACCGAGGUCAAGAUCGUCGACCCGGACACGGGACGGGAAUGUGGGCUGAAUGAACCGGGUGAGAUAUGGGCCCGAGGUCCCCAGGUCGUCAUGGGCUAUCUCAACAACCCGAAAGCCACCAGGGAGACAUUUGAUAAGGAUGGCUUCUUGCAUACCGGCGAUAUCGGGAGCCUGGAUGAAGAAGGGCUGAUCACCAUCACAGACCGGCUGAAGGAGAUGAUCAAAGUCAAAGGCAUCGGAGUUGCUCCAGCCGAGCUAGAAGAUCUUCUCCUCGGACACGACGACGUCGAGGAUGUCGCCGUGCUUGGCAUUUCCGAUGACUACUCGGGCGAGCGGCCCAAAGCUUACAUCGUGCUCAAGCCAUCCAAGAGAUCUGGCGACCUGCAAGCGACGGGCAAGAAGCUCAUCAAGUACGUCCAGGACAAGAAGGUCCGGCAUAAGUGGAUCACCGAGGUCGAGAUUGUCGACGAGAUCCCAAAGAGCCCCAGUGGAAAGAUUCUCAGGAGAGUGUUGCGGGACAUGGCCAAGAGCGGGAAGAAGGGUGUCGUUGUCAAGGAUGACAGAGAGAGAGCAAGGCUAUAA